GGUAAAAUUCGUGAUCAGCUCGACCUGGCGAUUCAGAAUAUGUAUAAUAAAGCACAAAAACAUUUCACUCGAAGUUUGCUUUACGUGCAUCUUACCCUCAUCAUCGAUUCCCACGUACUGCCUUUUUUUCAAAGUCAUGAAUACGACUACAAAUGUAUGAAACAUCGUUUCAGGUAAAAUUACGCGCCAUCUACCUAUGAAUUUUGAGAUUAAACUUUUCAGAUAAAAAUCGUUAUAAAUUAAAAGUCAUUCUAACUUUAGGGAAAAUCUAUCAUAUUUUAUCUUGCUGGUCGGCCAUAGCUUAGUCAGUAAAGUAUAAAAUGAAAUUAAUAUUGAUCUAUAUGAGACUACGAUUCAUUAGCUUUCGAGUACGAAUAGCUGGCUGCAAACUUUAACGGAGUUCACUUACAAAAAAGAUUUUUGGAAAGGGCGAACUGUGUUUGUGAAAUCAUGAUUUUUCUGGACUCUGCUAGACUGUUAUGGACGACCAAACACAAGAGUAGUGAUCUAUUUUCCAAUAACAUUUUAUCGGCUAGACGAGCGACCAGCGAUCUCAGUUUUCUUUAGGCAAGAUGUAUCCAGGGAAGAGAAUAAAAAAUUCUUGGUCGACACACUGCCUAUAGGUGGCAGCCCAGGAAUACGCUGCCGGAGGACCAAAAAAACUUUGUUUUUGACUUUAAAAUAGUGGAAUCGGUAGUCCGGAAACUGCUCUACAAAUGUACACAAUUCUCAGGUCUCUCUCUUUACUGAUCGUGGACCUAUGACCUGAAACUUAUUAAUAAUCCAUAAAAGAUCUGUUAAUUUCCAUAUUUUUAAAUUGUUUUUAUUUCUAUGAGUUGGUAGUGACAAAUCUAAUUUGUGAUUGUAUAGAAAUAUAUAGAUUUUUGUAUAGGUUUUCAUUAUUUGUUUCUCAUUGAAGACUAACUAAAGAGUUGCGUAUUUAUUCACUGUCUUAUCAAAAUCAAGUCGUAGUUUACAUUGACAAAUCUGACUAAUAAUAACGGAUGAAAAAUUUAUAUAAUCUGUUUUCAAAUAAGACUGUGCGUAGAAAGAAUAAAAUAUGGAUGAUUUACUAAAAAUAAAACAAGAGAGUCACUGUAAAAAUGUUUUUAUACAACACGUCAUUAUUUUUCAGGCAUAUUAACUGAAAAUAUGUGCAAACAGAUGAUAAAAAUAGGUUAAUGCGAUUCUGAGAAUUUGUUUUUGUCUCUUGAUUUAUCACUACUGUUAAUGAAUCAUUUAGAUGAUUGUUUUUUGUAGUACGAAAUAUCCCACAGAGAAUGAUAUGAUUCUUUUUAUAGUUAUUGUGUUAUAUAUGCAGGUCAUAAGAGCACUAAUGAAAAAACGAAGAAAAAAGAAAAAUUAGGAUAUCGUAUCUGUUUAGUUAUCAACACAUGUCAUAGACGAAGAAAAAUCCCAUUUAGAUGUGUUGAUAGAUAUCAAGAUUAUCUCGCAUAUAAGAAUGUAACCUCAUAUUGUAGACAGAACAUUAUUUACUUAUUCACAAUGAGAAGUAUUUCUAUUCAACUCAUUGUUUUACUACUUGGAAGUCUGACGAUUAUUAGUCAUUGUGAGACAACAACUAAGUCAGCAAUAUCAGCUAAAAAUAUUGGUUUACGUAGAUGUCAAAAACAAAAAGAUGGUCAAUAUUUGUGUUUUUGUGGAAAGAAAAAGUUGAUAUACGAUCGUCUUAAAGGACAAAAAUGUAUUAAUGGACAAAUUGUUCAAAAUGGCAGUUUAAAAAGUGAUGGAUCAAAACUUCCUGGUCUUCCUGGUCUUCGAUUAACAACUAAAUCGAUUCAUCAAUCUGCUCGUGACGAUAAUAUUAAUGUUCAGUGUGUGGGACUUCGAAUCAAGCCACUAUCACAUGAACUAAAUUCAACAUAUGUCCCACUACGAAAUGUAUCUGUGGAAGCUUGGAUUGAUAUGUUUGCUGCUGAUGUUACUUUAACUCAAGUAUAUGUCAAUCAAGAAGAGAGUCCUAUUGAAGCUAUUUAUGUCUUUCCUAUUGAGGAAAAUGCUGCUGUUUAUUCUUUUACUGCUCAAAUCGAUGAUCGAACAAUCACAGCAGUGAUAAAAGAGAAGAAAACAGCAGAACAAGAAUAUCAAACAGCAGUACAACAGGGUCAAACAGCAGUAUUGAUGCGACAAAGUGAACAAACGUUAGAUACAUUCACAGUAAAUAUUUUAUGA